GCUAGCGCAAAGAGUGAGAGAUGGCGAAGAUGAAGAGGCAUUGUCGCCGGCAGAUUCAAAGCGAUGACGAAGACGAAGAAACCUUGCCUCAGCCGCGGGUUGUGCGUACGCAGGAACCAGAAUACCAUGGGAGGAGGAAAAAAAUUAAGCUCAUAGACGAGGAUGACGAAGAGGAAGAAGUGGGAGAUAAGAAGAAAAGUAAGCAAGUAAAACCGUCAACGUGUGAAAUCACUGGAGAUGAUGUCGAGGAAGAACAUUCGGAGGACGCCAAGCCUAUUGGUGAAUCGAUUAGGGUUUCUGGAAAGAACAGUACAAAGCGAUACCACUUCAAGUCUUUCCAGCAGGAAGGAAUCACCUUCGAGCUUGAAGAUCAUGUGCUUAUAACUCCUGAUUCGGAAUUUGAAAACCCUGGUGUGGCAAUAAUUAAGGAUAUUUUUCAAACUGUAGAUGGGAGUAUCAUGAUUAACAGGCAAUGGUUUUAUCAUCCCAAGCAAGCAGAAAAAGAAGCAGGUAAAAGUUGGAAAUCAUGUGACAGAAGGGAGCUGUUCUUUAGUUUUCGCCUUGAAGAGAUCCCUGUUGAAUCGGUUAUGCACAAGUGCAUAGUGCACUUUAUCCCUAAACACAAGCCGAUACCACCACGUAAACAACAUCCCGGGUUUAUUGUGCACAAUGUGUAUGAUACGAAGGAAAAAAGUAUAUUCGAGCUCACUGAUAAACAUCAUGAGGAAUCGAAACAGCAUGAUAUUGAUCUUCUUGUUCUGAAAUCAGAAACUCCGGGAAGUGUUACAAGCAAUGAAUCAGAGUACUACAAUAUUUUGUCGAAGUUUAAAGCCCUGACUGGUGAAACAAAACGUGACAAAUGGUUAGAGAUGUAUCUUCAAGGAAUUCAGUUUAUCUGUAGUCCAAAGGACAAUGGAGGCGUCGGUGCAGAAAAUGAUAAUAGGCUUAAUAAUGCUGUAACUUUCCUGUGGCCUGACGCUGCUGUUGCAGCUGUGACUGCGCUUGAGAAGGCUGCACAUGAAACCCAUUCUUCAAAUUUCUUGAUGUAUAACCAGAAGAUGAAUCAGCUUUUGGUUAAUAUGAAGAACAAUACCAUGCUAGCCCAGCGUAUGCUAAAUGGAGAGUUAGAACCUUCAAAGAUACUGAAAAUGUCGUCAAAUGAAUUGAAGGACCCUCUAGCAUUACUCGACUCUAUCAGUGACAUCGAUUUGGACGGGAUAUUAGAGAGGGAUGAUGAUAUGGCCAUUGAUGGUGUACAGAACACUAACGUCGAUGAUGAGACACAGCCCCUGUCUCAGUCUGAUUAUGCAGGAUCUUCGAGGAGGAGACGGGGUAAAAACAAGAACACGGCAGUUGGUAAGUUGAAGGUGGGGCAGAAGAUGCCUUUGAAGUUCAACCCGAUAGAUGGUAAGCCUAUGUGUGAUAAUAGGACAAUAUGGUCGAGACAUAUAGGGAGUGUCAUCCGGAACCCCACUGCAUUACCGCACAGGACCUUACAAUGGACUGAUCUGAGCUCCACACAGUUGGAUCACAUUUGGCGGGCUAUCACGGAUCCUUUCCGGUCUGUGGGGGAGCACAUCGACACUUAUCGCCGCCAAGGGCUAUAUCAUGCAAAACAACUUUGGGGUAGAUGGAGAUGUCAGUUGAACACGCAGUACAUUAAGGCUCUAGAAGGUGACGAGACAGCUAUUCGGGCAAAUCCCCCUCCUGAGAUCGCCCCGAGUGAUUGGCAUUAUCUUUUGGAUCGUCGCUUUUUCACUCCGGAGUUUAAAAAAACAAGUACGUCUAAUUCGAGUAACAGGUCGCAUGUUGUGUACAAAAAUCAUGCGGGCAGCGUCUCAUUUACACAAGUCGAGAGACAAAUAGAGAAGACUACCGGACAGUCCCCUAAUUACGCUGACUUAUUUCUCCACACGCAUACAAAGAAACCAACAUUGCAGGAUUCAACUCCGGAGGUUCCCGCUAUUGUUUCUGAGAAAGUGUCUGCGUUGCGCACUGCCAUUGAAGAAGAUCCGAGUCGGAAUGAGCUGCAGUUGACAGAGUACGCGUUCGGGUCUCAGCGACAUGGUAGAGUCUUGGGUAUGGGAUCCGGCGUACGACCUACAUCAUUUAGAGCAGAUGCUCGGGGGAGUGCAUCGAGCAGUCAGCGCACUGACAUCCAACAAUUACGCGAUGAGAAUCGGGCUUUACAGGAGGAGAUGCAGAGGAUGCGGGAGGAGCGUGAAGCUGAGAGACAACAAAAGAUGAGGGAGUGCUCAGACAAAUCACCAUGAUAUUAUCCAUAUUAACCCACCCUCCCUCUCCGACUUCAGAUUAAUAUAUUAAUCUUGUAUAUUAAUUAUGAAUAUUGUUGGGAUUAGUGUAUUUAUUUAUGUUUUUUUGCAAAACAGCUA